AUGUCGGGCACCGUAUCUGUUGCGCUUCGUGCAUCAAUUCGCUACGUUGAUAUUGGAAUUAAUCUAUCAGAUCUCCAGUACUCUGGUGUAUACCAUGGAAGAAAGGUACACGACGAUGAUCGUUUACAUGUCCUGGAUCGAGCGCUCCAGACCAAUGUUACGAAAAUGCUCGUCACGUCUUCAUCAUUGCAUGAAGCAGCAGAUGUGUUAAAUUUAUGCACUCGGUUAGCAAAAGAGUCGCCGUCAUACCACAAUUUACUAUACUCUACAGUUGGCGUGCACCCGUGCCAGGCGCUAGAUCUGACAGAAAGCCAGAGUCGACACAAUAUGUCGAGCGCAGAGUACAUUGCUCAGAUGGAUGAGCUGAUCCACAAGGGAAUUAGUCUUGGUAUUGUUAAGGCUUUUGGAGAAAUUGGACUGGAUUACGACCGACUACAUUUCGCAGACAAGGAAGCUCAGAUUUUGGCAUUUAAGAUGCAGUUGGAUUUAGCAGCCAAGCACAACUUGCCAUUGUUUCUGCACUCGCGCGCGGCCGCGCACGACUUUAAGACAAUUCUUGAGCCGUACCUUGCAAAAAUUACACGCGGCGGAGUUGUACAUUCUUUUACAGGAACUGUGGAAGAGAUGCAGGAGUUGCUGGAUCUUGGACUUUAUAUUGGUAUUAAUGGAUGCUCGCUGAAAACUGAAGAGAACUUGGCCGUUGUUCGUGCGUUGCCAUUGUCACGAUUAAUGCUGGAAACAGAUGGUCCCUGGUGUGAAAUUAGACCAUCGCAUGCAUCUUUUAAACUUCAUCUUGCUGCCCUUGAAUCACGGCCUCAAAAGCCUAGCUCGCUGCUUCCAUAUCCUUUAGUUAAGAAGGAAAAGUUUACACCAGGAUCCAUGAUUUCUGGCCGUUGCGAGCCGUGUGCUAUUGGAUUAGUCGCUCAAGUAGUUGCAUCAGUAAAGGAACUAUCGUUGGAAGAAGUUGCGCUAGCAGCUUAUCAAAAUAGUGUUGACUUGUUUGGACUAGAAGAACCUCAGAAUAUAGACUAA